UUGAAUGAGCAGAACCGGUUGGCUAAUGUUGCUGUCGAUGCUGUUCUAGACAGCGUAUCGAUCGCAACUACACAUAGGAAGACACUGGAGAAGGCCGGCGUUAUUUGUUCAAUAUCUGAGGCUAUUAGGGAGUAUCCAGAUUUGGUGAGGAAGUAUUUAGGAAGAGUUGUUCCUAGCGAAGAUAAUUACUAUGCAGCUCUGAAUUCAGCAGUGUUUAGUGAUGGGUCAUUUUGUUAUAUACCCAAAGACACCAAGUGUCCUAUGCAGAUUUCAACGUAUUUCCGAAUCAAUGCGUUGGAAACGGGGCAGUUUGAGAGGACUUUGAUAGUUGCGGAUGAUAGAGAGUUUGUGGAGUAUUUGGAGGGUUGUACCGCGCCUUCUUACGAUAGGAACCAGCUUCAUGCUGGUGUAGAGUUGUAUUGUGCUGAAGAUGCAGAAAUUAAAUACUCCACUGUGCAAAAUUGGUAUGCUGGGGAUGAGGAAGGGAAGGGGGGAAUAUACAAUUUCGUCACAAAACGAGGCCUUUGUGCUGGGGCUCGCUCUAAGAUAUCCUGGACACAAGUCGAAACAGGAUCGGCAAUUACUUGGAAAUAUCCUAGUGUUGUUUUGGAGGGAGAUGACACUGUCGGUGAAUUUUAUUCGGUUGCUUUGACAAAUAAUCAUCAACAAGCAGAUACAGGGACGAAGAUGAUACACAAAGGGAAGAAUACAAAGAGUAGGAUUAUUUCUAAGGGUAUAUCAGUUGGCAAUUCAAGGAACUGUUACAGAGGGCUUGUUCAGGUUCAAUCAAAAGCAGAGAAUGCUCGAAAUUCCUCCCAAUGUGACUCAAUGCUCAUCGGUGAUCAGGCAGCGGCCAAUACCUAUCCUUACAUACAGGUUAAAAACCCCACCGCUAGGAUUGAACAUGAAGCUAGUACCUCCAAAAUCGGUGAAGAUCAAUUAUUUUACUUUCAACAGAGAGGAAUAGACUACGAGAAAGCCAUGGCUGCUAUGAUAUCUGGGUUUUGCCGUGACGUAUUUAAUGAGCUUCCUGAUGAAUUUGGUUCUGAGGUGAACCAGCUAAUGAGCUUGAAACUUGAGGGGUCAGUAGGUUAAACAACUUGAGAGGGUCAAAACCGCAAGUUCCCGAAAGGAAACUUGUUCGGGCCAGCGUUCGAAUUUUGAUUGUAGUAAUUAUAUUGCAGACGAAAAAGUAGUGUACAAGGAGGGAAUUAUAGACUAUGUGAAUAGAUGGUCUCAGAUUGUGUGGCAUGGGAAUCAUGGCUGAGUUUUGAAGUCUCAAUAAUAUAUGUUCAUCGCGAAAACAA